GUUAAAAUGUAAAUUCAGAUUAUGAUGUGAUAAUAGCCCGUUUAGCCAUAAAGAAACAAGCCAUAACACAUUUAGUUACUAAGCCGAAAUAACAGUGCACACGAGCCACCAUCCUGCGACCCCCUGACAUGGGCUACUUGCUUGAAACACAAGCAAGAAUUGCUGAUUUUCUUGCACUGCCAAAGUGACAAAUCCACAUCCGCCAACGACAACGUCGUCAUCGAAACUCGACAGAAAAGGCAGACGGAUCGGUGUGAGCUGCGGCAAAAACGCGGUCCGAAAGAAAGUGGAGGAAAUUGCUCCGUAAUAUCAACCACGGGGUGAAUUGACACCGAAUCCCGGAGCUUGGGCAGGAGCAGUGCCCAACACAGGAGGUAAGAGUGACCAAAAUUCCGGAUGAUAACGGAAAUCUAAUCGCUUGUGCCACCCACGAUUUUUCUCCAGAAACAGAUCGCACUAUCGGUCUGGAAACAUCACGCCCUACAAAUCUUGUACAAGAUCCGGCAAGCUGCUGCACAGUUCGGCAAGCUCGCACUGAGUUUUUCCUGCGGUGCGAACGCGAAUAAAAGUGUCCGAAGGUAAGAAGUUCCCGAAAAGCCCUAUGCAAAAAGGUCUAACCCCACAUUUGACAACACAGGAGGAACGUGUCAGCCAUCAUCCGGUUAGAGGAUCGGGGUCGGCGAGAUUGACCGCACACGACGGCGUAGUCAGCGAGUCCGGACCGAGCCACACACACCGCGAAUUCACAGAGGAAAACGGGUGUCCGGGCAGCGACCUGAAUAAGGAUAGGACGAUCUGCACCCACUGGCGAACUGGCAACCCACAUCGUUUCGAAGCGCUGAUUCCUUGGCCUGCACGUAUCCGUAGGAACGCUCCGGCUCUUGGUCACUCAACGGAAUCGAUCGGAUCACCCUGUUAUCCGUGCGCGGUGCCAAACGCAUCGCUUCAACUGAACCGUCUCGAGAAAAGGCCUUUCAUAGAAAGUAAGUCUAAUUGCUGCAACAAAACGAUCUGGGGUUAACACGGGCGGAUUUCCGCAGGGCCUUUUCUUUUGUCUUUUGGACUUUCGCAGACAGUACUCCGACGG